AUGUGAAUGUGAAUGAUAAUAUGUUCUAAAGUAACGAAGGAAACGUUGUGGUGUGAUGCGAGAGAGAGAUGGCCGGUACCUACCAUAACCACCAGCGGCACGUGCUACAGCUGGUGAUGUCGUGCCGGAAAAUCACCGCCCAGGUCACAAACACCACCACAUCCUCCAUCAUAGCCAUGGCUUCAUCAUCGGAGCAGGAAUUCGUGGCUCACUACCGCGCUCAGCUUAAUCGCUUCCCCAGAUCGCACCGCUUCUGGGACGCUAAAGUGGCCUCUCGCGUCGGGGAGAAGCUAGGGUUCCGCCUCAGAGAAAUCGGCGUCACCACCGUCCAAAUCGACCCUCGCGAGGAACAGUCCCGUCCCGUCCAUUACCGCGUCAUGCUCUCCCCCUUGUUCCAUUCCAUAAAAAACGCCGGCAUCCACGUUUCCGGCGUUGACUAAGUCAAAUUACCUUUCUGACCUCACCUGUAAGCUUCAAUUUUGAGUGCUGUAAUUUGGGGAUUUUCCAUUUUUGUGCCAAUAAAAUUUGACCCUAUUAUUAUUAUUAUUUGUUGUGCUGCCUGCGCAACGGAAACUGCUUAUUUGUUUGUAUCAACGUUAAUAAUGUGCAUGUGGCUGCUCCAGUCGCCAGAAUUUUAUUUAUUUAUUUGUUGGUUCUGGAGUUAUUUGGUCCAUGGAUUGAUGUUUGUAAAACUGUGGUUGUGAAUUGUGAUCGGAACAAAGUGUUUGGUGUCAAAAGCCUUGAAA